CGUGUGCUCCCCGAGUCGUGGGCGCGUGGGCUGGCGGUGGAGGUGGCAAGCGAGGGUAGUGGGGGUGAUAUGUUGAAUCGGGUGGAGAGGCUUGGUUAAACCACUGAUUAGCCAUGGAUACCAACGACAUCUUCUGGAAAUUAACCCGGGGUGUUCGCUUCGGAAACAAGUUUCGGCAAGGUUACAAAACAACUCCUGACCCAGCUGUGCAACAGCAGCCGAAAACACACGUCCAAGCACAAGAAUUCCCAGUGCCAAAUGGGAUCAAGAAGCGGAAGUCAUCCGCGUCGUCCGAGGGCAGCGAUGAUGACGGUGACAAUGCUGUCCCGCUGUCCAGUUUCCAGCACAGGAAGAAGGCGGCGAAGGCCGGACCCGAGCCAGCCGCGGACGACCCGAAGCCGACCGCUGAGAAGCUUCGUAAGCUUCACCGCCUGCACGUGCUGGGCACGGACGUGCCGGCGCCUGUGACCAGCUUCGACGACAUGAGCGACCGUCUGGGAGUGCAGCCGCAGAUUGUGGCCAACUUGCGCGCUGCAGGCUAUUUCGAGCCGACGCCGGUGCAGAUGCAGGCGGUGCCGGUGAUGCUGGAGCGGCGAGAAGUGCUGGCCUGCGCGCCCACCGGCAGCGGCAAGACGGCGGCGUACCUGGUGCCAGUCCUGCAGCACCUGCGUCAGCCGCGCAAUGCCGGCUGCCGGGCGCUGGUGCUAGCACCGAGCCGCGAGCUGGCGCGCCAGAUCGCGCUGGAGGCCAGCCGGCUGGCGGCCGGCACUGGACUGCGCGUGCGCUGCCUGGACCGCGCGCGCCGCCGGCCGGACGGCGCCGCGCGUCCCGUCUCGGCCAAGUAUGACCUGCUGGUGAGCACGCCGAACAGGCUCAUCUUUCUGCUGGACGCCGAGCCGCCGCUGCUCUCGCUGCGGGCCGUCGAGUGGCUGGUGGUGGACGAGUCGGACAAGCUGUUUGAGGCCGGCGAGCGCGGCUUCCGUGAGCAGCUGGGCCGCGUGUACUCGGCGUGCGACUCGGCGCAGGUGCGGCGCGCGCUGUUUUCGGCCACGUUCGCGCACGACGUGGACCAGUGGUGCCAGCUAAACCUGGACAACGUCGUCACCGUGUCGGUCGGCCAAAAGAACACUGCCAGCGACGUUGUGGAGCAGGAGCUGGUGUUCGUCGGAAGCGAGGCCGGCAAGCUGUACGCCUUUCGCAAUAUCAUGCAGAAGGGUCUGGCGACGCCCUGCAUCAUCUUCGUUCAGACCAAGGAACGCGCCAAGGAGCUGUUCCGCGAGCUGAUCUACGACGGCGUCAUGGUUGAUGUCAUUCACGCCGACCGCACACAGCUGCAGCGCGACAACGUGGUGAAGGCCUUCCGCGCUGGGCGCGUCUGGGUUCUCAUCUGCACGGAGUUGAUGGGCCGCGGCAUCGACUUCAAGGGUGUCAACCUGGUCAUCAACUACGACCUGCCGCCGAGCACCACCAGCUACAUCCACCGGAUCGGCCGGACGGGCCGCGCCGGCCGGCCGGGCAGGGCCGUCUCCUUCUUCACCAGCAAGGACGUUCCCAGCAUGCGUCAGCUGGCACACCUAGUGAAGAACUCCGGGUGCGAGGUGCCCGACUACCUGCUGCAGGUGCCGCGCAAGAGCAAGAAGGACCGUCGCGAGAUGGCCGUGCACCCGAUCCGUCGGGACACCAUUGACACCACGCCCCGGUUCGACCGUGACCGGAUGGCGCGCAUCAAGGCGCUGAAGAAGGCGGCGGACAAGCGCCGCGCCGCGGGGGAGGACGGCAGCCAGCGUGCGGCGCCGGCUGGCAAGAAGAAACGGACCGGCAAGAAGGCGGACAAACCGGCACAAAACAAGGGCGUUGGAAAAGCGGCGCGGAAGAAAACGAGCGGGAGGGAAGGUGCUGGGAAAGUUACAGCUACCGCGAACGGCGCCGCGUCGGCUGCCAUCAAGGCGACGAAGAAGCGGGUUGUGAAGACAAAAAGUAAAACCAAGGCCAGCGCCGGGACAACCAAGAAGAAGCCAGGGAAAACUAAUGGGGUGAGCUGAGGGGUGUGCUGGGUUCAGAUGUCGUUGAUUUUGAUACGUCUGUGGAAAUAAACGCCGGAUACUGGA